AGUGGCAUUGUCAUCAUCAUCGUGCUCACGAUGGCGCAUAGCGCAUUAAAAAGCUUGUGCGUGUAAACGACAAAAAAACUGAAGUCUUCUUGUGCAUAGCAAGCUCGGGUGAAGCCAAGGGGACGACGAGAUGGACUUCCAACAUCGUCCCGGUGGUAAGACCGGCUCCGGAGGCGUCGCGUCGUGGUCCGAGUCCAACAGAGACCGGAGGGAGCGGCUACGACAGCUUGCCCUCGAAACUAUCGACCUUCAGAAGGACCCCUACUUCAUGAAAAAUCACUUGGGUUCUUAUGAAUGUAAACUGUGCCUGACAUUGCACAAUAACGAAGGCAGUUACCUGGCCCACACGCAAGGCAAAAAGCACCAAGCCAAUCUUGCGCGCCGAGCAGCCAAGGAAGCCAAGGACUCUCCUAUCCAGCCCGCACCAGCGAAGCCUCGUGUCGACAUCAAGAAAUUUGUAAAGAUUGGACGACCAGGCUACAGGGUCACCAAGCAAAGGGAUGGCGACACUGGGCAGCAGUCCUUGCUGUUUCAAGUGGACUACCCUGAAGUGAAUGACAACGUGGUGCCUCGGCAUCGAUUCAUGUCGGCCUACGAACAGAAGGUGGAGCCGCCAGACAAGAAGUGGCAGUAUCUGCUUUUCGCUGCUGAGCCCUAUGAAACCAUCGCCUUUAAGGUGCCAAGUAGAGAAGUGGACAAGUCCGAGGGCAGGUUCUGGACUCUCUGGAAUCGAGACAGCAAGCAGUUUUUCCUGCAGUUCAGCUUCAAGUUGGAAGCCAAGCCAAAGCUUCCGACCCUCACCGGUCACGGCUUGCCAAGUCUUGCACCGCCACCUCCCCCGCCGCCACCUUCUUUGGGAGGCAACUAGCUUGGAAGCCAUGGAAUAAAUAUGGCAUUCUCAUUAAUUU